CACCUGUUGUCGCGGAGCACGGUUCUCUGGCAUUUGGUGCGCGACUCCCGCGAUGUGCGCCAGCCUCUCGCUGUCCGGGUACGCGGCCGUGGCCGACAACCAAGCCGCUCUGCGACGCAGGAAGCUAAGCCAGGCCGUCGCCAACAGGCUCAUCGGAUGGAGGAGCUCGCAGACGCAGCAGCUGGUGGUGGAGCAGGCCAAGAGUCUCUGUGGGAAGUAUCUAAGGGCUAAACUAAGAAGCUGCGCUCUUCUUCACAAGAAACUGGGUCUCCAACGCUUGAAAAGUGUGAGCCAUCUACCUUCUUCAACUCCAUGGUCAUGCUCAGAGGUGGCCAUGGAGCUUCGAGAACUUGGUUUGGAAAUGGAAAGAACGCACCCAGAGCUUUACCAGAGCGUCAUUGAAAACGUUGGCCUCUAUUCUCUUCCCUCAGAAUCUGGGGUGCAGAACCUGCUCCAUGCCCUUGCUGCAGAGCUCUUUCGUGAAGGUCAAAUCACCUGGGGACGGAUUGUUGCUCUCUAUGCCAUGGCCGGAGCCUUGGCAGUGGACUGUGUGAAGCUGGGUCAUCCUGAAUUUGUGCUGGGACUUGUACAGGUGGUUGGUAACUGCGUCGAAAGGGACCUGGGAUCUUGGAUUAUACAGCAAGGAGGAUGGGGUGCUCUGCUGACGCGCUUCAAGAAGACGCCGACCCUGCAGAAUUCCGGAUUGUUCCUGACCACCGUCGUCUUCGCCUGCGCCCUCACCAUCUUCUACUACCUGAUCCCCUGAAGAACACGCCAUGGCCAUCACCGCUUCCAGAGCUUAUUUAUUUUAUAUUAUCCUACCACAUGACCUUCACCUCGUGUAUAUUUUGUCAUUAAAGUUUUUACCUUUGCCAUUCA